AUGCAUGGCCGGGUGAUAUUCACUGCAUGUCACUGGUGGAACCUGAGGCCGGAAACCGAUCUGUGGUGCACUGAAUGGAAUUUGUACCCAAACAGACAUACACAUUUCUUGAUCGUUGUCGUGCACUUCCCAACUGUUUUGCAGACUGUUCUGCCGCACCUCGGUUUUGCGUUGGUACUUGGUCCUUUCCCCUGUUUUCGGUGUCGGCAAAUGCAAAUCCCGAGCUUGGUCGAGAUGUAUCGGAGUCCAAAUGCAUUCGAUGCCUGUUCUGAUCUCGACUCAGAUCUCUCUGACCCACCAACAGAUCUCGACAACGUCAUGGCUUCGUCUCUCAAGGGAGGACUCAAGCACCUGGACCUUGGUGGUUCAAUUGGUCACAAGCGAGAGAUCAUCUCACUUAUUUCUGACGACGAAGACUCCGGGACUGAUCCGAGCGACGAGAAACCGCUGGCCAAAAAGCAACGCCUUAAUUUCCAGCUUUCCAGCAAAUUUGAGGAGAUGCCCACUGAAGUCCUCAAUCAAAUUGUCUCGAAUCUUCCCGAUGAUAAAGACCUCUACGCGCUUGUUCGCACUUGCGCCACCUUUAAAAACGCCCUCAAACCUGCAAACUCCGCGAUCUGGAGAGAAAGAUUCCUGCUCAGGUGGGAUCAUCCCUUUGUGGCCAAAAACGAGCAGUUUGAGGCUGCGUAUCGAGAGCGUGGUUGCAUACUACGUCUAUUCGUCCCCUUCAAUGAUGAAAAAGACGAACGACUACUUUUCCAGUUGGAGCAUCUCACAUUCAUGGUCUUGGAAACUUUCAAUCAGCCGAAUAAAUACCUCCUCGCACCUCUCACAUCCCUCAAUCUGAGCGCUUUUGAGUCGCCGCAGGAUUCACCAUGGAUGCUGACCUUCUUAUCGUGCUCAUUUUUUCCAAAGACACUGAAGAAGGGUCGUGAAAAGUAUGGCCAGCCACAUCCUCUCUUCGACGCCUUACAGCUUGUCCUGUCCCACCUCGUGUUGUCACCAGCUUCCCCAAUGGCUCUGGCCGUCAAGUCUGCAAGAGACGAUUACAACCUGGUCGUGGUCUACAACUGGGACCGACCCUUCGCAACACUCUACCGUCGACUUCCCAAAAAAGAGUCUCCACGACCUCGACGGAUAAAGUUUCCUAACCUGAGGCCACGCAACCCCAAAGCGAGUUACCCAGAAUUCGAGCUUGACACACAUGCCCUACUCCACAUCCGAGGCUUCUGGCGUCGGCAUCUUAUUGGCGGUUCUCUGCGGGCAAACAACCAUGAACAGAAGAACAGCCUGGAUGAACACACGUACGCUGGAAUGGCAAAUGAUCUGUGCGACGCAGGGAUUACUGCCCGGAAGUGGGACCAUAUGCUCAAAGACAGGCUGCCAGCCAUCGCAGAAGAGUGGUAUGGACACUAUAGUUCUGUGCAUCCGUGGCCGAAAAAGAGACAAAACUUGGAAGAAGUCCAAAGCGAUGCUGAAGAUUGGAGCUCAGCUCAUCCCAUGAAACUCGACAUUUUGAUCAGUGAACAAAACAAGUUAAUGAACUGGCCUCCACUAUUCCAGGACAUUCCUGCUUUUAGGGACACCGUUCCAGAAGGGUUGGAAUCCUGUGUCACUUUCCGGGGCAUUGCUCCGUUUGUUGAAUUGCACGAGAUGCAACGUCAGGGGUCCUCGAGGCCGGGUGCAACCCUAACAGUUCUGAGUCUUCCAAAGUAUCACCCAUAUAUGGCCCUGCGAGUCCGUGGUGUCAUUCACCCGAUCGAGAGCCAGCCACGGCCAGAUCAGAUUACCGAGCCCAAUGCCACCAUCCCGGGAUGGAGUAGGAUUGUCAUGGUCAUGUACAAACCCACUGCGGAAUACCUACUUGAUGUCCUCGAAUACAAGGAGGGGAACUAUGGUGGCAAUUUUGGAACGACUCUGACAAAUCAAAUGAUCCAGAUCGGCCAAGUACAGCCUGGACAGCAAGCACCAGCUCUCGACCCCGAGGAGAUUGAAAGAGUGAGGAAGGAACAACUCAAGCAAAAGUUGUUAGGCAACCCGAUCUACCGAAAUUCCACUUCAAUGGACAAGUUUGUCAUCGCAGAGCUGGAAGAAAAGUACAGCAUCAGUGAGCAUCUUCAGUGGGAAGAUAUGGAAUAUGCCUAUGCGUAUGAAGGUGUCCUUCUACCUGGCGGAAAGAUCAUGAUGGGUAGAUGGUGGAGAUGUGGACUAAAUGGUGAGGGUUCGCCUGGCAUGGAAGUGGAUGAAGAUGGGCAGACUCUGGAAGAUGAGACCCCAGAUGACGACGGAGAUGGAAGUGGUGCUAUGGAUGUGGACGAUGAUGGGAAUGGUGGUGUUUCGGGCUCGCAGGGUGCCUCUCAAACCGGAGCUAAGGCGAAGGGAAAGGCAAACGCAAACGCAACCGUGAAGCGUCAUCACAAGUUGGAGAGAGGACCGUUUGUGUUCUGGUGCUGA